CGCGCUCGGUUGCAACUGCUGCAGUUUGCCGCCCGGAAGGGAAGCGGCGUUGCAGUUUGUACCGCGUGGCUUCCUCCCCCUGCAGCCCCUUCCUUCUGCCGCCCUUGGUUUCGCCUUUUGCAAGGCCAAGGAGAAAGGGAAAGAGGUUUGUUUUGUUUUGAAAAAAAUGGUUUUCUUAACCUCUAGUCUAUGGAUCCGGUCCCGUUUGACCGAUCGCCGCUGGCGAAAACUGGAGGUGCUCAAGCAUGCACGGCAUUUUCGGGGGCGGAAAAACCGUUGCUACAGCUUGGCCGUCCGCGCUGUCCGGAGGGCUUUUGUGUAUGCCACGAAGGCCAGAUAUCUGAAAAAGCGCGACUUGAGGACGCUGUGGCAAACCAGGAUCGAAGCGGCGUCUCUUGAGCACAGGGUGAAAUACCACGUUUUCAUAAGCAACCUCUCCAAGUGUCAAGUGGAACUGAACCGGAAGGUGUUGGCCGAUCUGGCGAUCUACGAGCCGAAGACAUUCAAGUCCUUAGCCGCUUUAGCCAAAAGGAGAGGAGAGGAGGGCCUUCUUGCCGCCCAGGGCGACGGAAAGGAACCCGAAGGGAUAUUUUCGCGCAUCGUGAGAUGUACCUGAAGCGGUGUGCUGCCGCUCACUUCCCAGACUGUGCUAAAACUAAAACAGGACUUUUUAAUAAUAACGUUUGCCUUGAGGUGUGAACCAGAAUAAUCUUCUCCAAAGCCUCAUAAGCAACCCAGUUUGCUCUGUGGCACGUUGAGGCGCUGGUGAGACUCUUGUCCUAUUUUGCCUUCGAAUAUGUGUGAUUAUAACUCGGCCUGCAAAAAGGGUUUGCGCCUGUAAGACUCUUCUUUGGCAACUGGUUUUUUACUAGCUGCCUUGUUGGUCUGUCUAGCUUGGUAUUUUCUACACUGACUGGCAGCAGCUGUCAGGAGUUUCAGGCAGGAGUCUUUCUACUCUGACUAGCAGUGGCUCUUUCCACCUAUCUGGAGAAGCUGGGGACUAAAAGUGGGACCUUCUGAGUGCAAGGCAGAUGCUCUGCCAGUGAGCUAUGGUUCUUCUUGACCAGGUACAGGCAACAGGCUUUUUAACCUCUUCUGUCCCGUUGUGAAGGCUUUGGCGGAGUCUUCCUCUGGACGCCUCAGUUCCUUACUACUCAUUUAUCUCUGUCUUGACUUCCACCAAGACCUGAGGAGCUGAAAUGUGAGAGAGGCAGAAGAGCCCCUUUGCCUGUCUCUCAGUUUAGGAGAAAUCCAUUGAGGCACCGCACAGAGUGUAUGUAAUGUUGGUUGGGUGGGAUCCUGAGAGCUGGAUGGAAAAGUAUUGGGUGCGGGGGCUGGAAGUUACUCAUCAGCAGGAACUAGACAGCAGACUGAACAGGCACAUAGAUCACCUGGCCACCAUCUUACCUGCUAUGGUAAGAUUUUCUUGCAGUCCUACUCAGUUCUGGGUUUUGCAUCUAUACAUAUAAAUUAGCAAAUGCGAAUGCGGUGCAAAUCUGUCCUCUUUGGGGGCAAUGUCUUCUCUGCCUUAUCUAUGAGAUCAAUUUGACGCCCUCAUAUGUUUUUUUUCUUCUGACUGGUUGAAACUUUCCCGUUCCAGCAAGCAUUUAUUUGGAUUUUUUUUUGUGGUAGGUCCACAUUUUAGAAUGUUUUUUAAUCUGGCAAGCCCAUUUUCUGAUUUUAUGGUGAUUUGAUUUCCUUUAUUGUUUUAAUUGUUGCUCUAAGCUGCCCUGAGUGAUGCAAAUUCUUUGGAAGAGCAGUGGGCUCUACAUUUUCCUAAAUAAAUAAAUGAUAAAGACGGAAAUGAUAAGGUUAUAAACUAUCCACUUAGAUAAACGUGGAUUGGAUUGCCGCAAUCUUAUUCAAGUGUCCUCAGAAGUAAAGUUUUUUUUCCACAAAGGAUCUUGUUAUGCAAUCAGAUGCAUAUUUACUCAGAAGCGAGUCCCGUUCUUUUCAAUGGGGCCUACUCUAAGGUAAGUUCGCUUGAUCUGCAGAACUUACUGGUGUCACAUAAUAUUUGUUCCAUGCCUCUAAGAAAUUGAUCAUUUAGUGCGGCAGCACCUAUACUUUGCUUUACUUUAUCAGUAUAGUAUAUACUAUACUUUACUUUAUCAGGCAGGUGCCUUCACUGUAGGCCUUUUGGCACCUGGUAAAAACAUUUUUUUGGUCAGGCAAGGCUAUCCAGAGACGUAGAAGUCAACAUGUGUUUAAUCUGAUUUUAGCUACUGUUCAUUUUCAUUAUAUUUUGAUUUUUUUAAAUUCCUGUUUUAAACUCUGGGUUGUGGCCACAGACCCAUUGAAGUUAAUAGACAUGACUAAUUUAAUUUCAAUGGGUCUACUCUGGGUAGGACUUUGAUAUGUGUCUUUUAUUGAUUGUUUAAAUGUUUGGUUUUAUGUUUGUACAUAAAACCUACAUGUGGUUUAUAAAAAACAAUCAAGCAGUAUAUAAAGUUUGUUACAUAAAUAAACAAUACUUAGACGUAA